AUGACUAUACCUAUCAUCAGGAAUAGUCUAAACUCAAGUAUGCCUACCGGAGCCGAUCAUGUAUUGCCAAUGUUAUCCAUUCAUUCAACAAAUACAACAACAACAGCCGUCAUCGGCACUACAAUAUCGGCCACAUUGUCGGCCAACCGAUACCAUCUAAAUAAUAAUAGCAGUGCCGCUGUUAUGUCGGCACCUGAAGAUCUAACCGCUCGUAACGUUAUAAUUAUAAGCAGUUAUUCUUUAAUAAUGAUUAUCUCAUUGUGCGGUAAUCUAUUAGUCUGUAAGAUAGCCUUUACUAAUGAUAGAAAACGUAAACGCAAUACAACUAACAUAUUGAUAGCAUCGUUAGCCAUAUCUGAUAUUGUUAUGACUGCCAUAAACAUACCUUUCAAUGUGGCCCGACUAUUGCUGCUUAACUGGCCAUUUGGUGGACUGUUAUGCUUUUUAGUGCCAUUCAUACAAGUUUCCUGUGUUUAUGUCUCGACAUUUACAAUGGCAUUGAUAGCCAUACACAGGAACUGGAGUUUGACUAAACACAAACAUCAAAACCGUAAUAACAAUCGUACUGUUAGACGACAAAACAGUUGUUGUUGCGGACAAAAUGGUCAUCCGGUGCUUAUGUUUAUCAUAGUUAUAUGGCUUCUGGCGUUUGUACUGUCUGUACCUCACAGUAUAUUUAACAAAAUCGAUGCCAACGUUGCCUAUCAGGGCCUACUGUUGACCAGAUGUCGGGCCAAAUAUCCUGAUUGGUCUCACUUUCGUUUGGCACUAACUGUUGAAUGUUUUCUAACCCAAUAUUUUCUACCGUUACUAAUAACAACAUUAUUGUAUAUCAAAAUUGGUGCCAUUGUAUCAAAACAGGGACGGGUAUCCAUUACCCUCUGUAAUGUCAGGCGCCGAUUGCAGGCCGAAGCCAAACGCCGUAGGAUUUUAAUGUUAGCACUCGUUGUGAUUGUAUUUGCCGUUUGUUGGCUUCCGCUUAAUGUUUACUAUCUAUUUGUGGAUUUGAAAAUAUUAAAACACGAUUUCAAUGUUUUCAUAUUUUGUCAUUGGUUUGCAAUGUCCAGCGUUUGUUACAAUCCGUUUAUCUAUUGCUGGAGAGACAACACGUUUAGAGAAGGGGCACAAAAACUAUUGUUAUUCACGCAAAUCAAAUGUGGUUCACAAAUGAUUGCCGGAAAACAACAACAAUCACAUCAUACAACUAUGGCAUCGGUAUCACCACCACUACCACUACAAUCUACUACAACACCUAUAGAAUAUACAAUUUUCCAGGAAAAUUGGAGAGAUUUUAUUAGGAAACUUCCAUUCAUAGGAAAGUUGCCCAAACUCUAA